AUAUGAUUUACAGCCAUACAAAUAUCUAAGGUUUAUUUUGGACCGCACAUUUUAAAAGUCUUACUUUAUUUCUUAAAUUCUGUGCCAAGUCAAACUAAGACAAAAAUUUUUUGGGAAGGAGGUACAAUUUAGUGCAAAUCCCUCUUAAUUUGGGAUCUUUUUCAAAGUUUGUUAUAAAAAAAAAAAAAAAAAAAAAAAAACAAUUAAUCUUGAGUAUACCCUUUGCCGCGAAAUCUAGCUUUACAAUUGGUCUCAUGAACAUAGCUUUUAAUAAUUCCUCCUUUUCAUAUCUAACACAAAACUUCAAAAAUUUAUCAUCAAUACUUUUAACAAGACAUUAUUCUAUGUUUUCUUCAAACCAUCAAAACCUGAUUUCUCAGUUACAAUUAUGCAAACAAAUAUCUGAAAUAACUCAAUUUCAUGCCUUAAUUAUCAAAACUGGUCAUGACCAAAUUCCUUUCACAUUAAGUAAACUUCUUGCAUGUUCAAUCCAAUAUACAAACUAUACAUUUUCUAUUUUCAAAUACAUAAAAACCCCAAAUCCUUAUAUGUAUAAUACUAUGUUACGUAGUUGUUCAAUUAGUAAUGACCCAAAAAAAGGUCUUGUUUUUUUCAACUAUAUGAGGGGUAAAAAUGUAAUUCUUGAUCAAUUUUCUUUUAUUUCUGAACUUAGGUCUUGUAUACGUUUAUUUGAAAAAUGUGCUGGUCAAGCUAUUCAUUCAGUUGUUUUGAAAUGUGGGUUUGAUUUUUUUCUUGAUUUAAAGAAUACCCUUUUGAAUUUUUAUUGUGUUUGUGGUGAAAUCCGUUAUGCGCGCCAACUGUUCGAUGAAAUGCCUAAGAGGGAUUUGGUUUCUUGGAACACUUUGAUGGGUGGUUAUCUUGGUGUACAUAGUUAUUGUGCUGUUUUGGAUUUGUUUGUUAAGUUGCAUAGUGAUGGUAACAACGAUAACAUACUCAGUGUAGUCCCACGAGUGGGGUCUGAGCAGGGUAGGUUGUGCGCAGACAUUUCUGCUAAUGCCACGACGAUGCUUUGUGUUUUGUCUGCAAUUGGUGAGUUAAAGAUUGAUUUGUUAGGGGAGUCCCUGCAUGGUUAUUGUAUAAAGAUUGGAUUUUGUUAUAGUUUGAAGGUGUUAACUGCAUUGAUAUCUAUGUAUGGAAAGAUUGGUUGCAUUAGUUCGAGUCGUAGUUUAUUUGAUGAAGCUUACCCCAAAGAUGUUGUCUUGUGGAACUGUUUGAUAGAUGGAUAUGCUAAAAAUGGCUUGCUAGAAGAGGCAUUGUCUCUGUUGAGGCAAAUGAAGGUGCAAAAAUUGACGCCGAAUUCGUCAACCUUGGCUGGUUUGCUUUCUUCUUGUGCUUCCUCUGGAGCUCUCAGUAUGGGUCAAUAUAUUCUGAACUUUGUAGAAGAGGAGCAGUUAGCUUUGGAUCCGGUUCAUGGCACGGUAUUGAUCGAUAUGUAUGCGAAAUGUGGGUUGCUUGUGAAGGCAGUUAAUGUUUUCAAUAAUAUGGAGACGAAAGACGUGAAGUGUUGGACAGCAAUGAUAAUGGGGUACGGGGUAAACGGGGAGGCAAAGGAUGCUAUUGCACUCUUCCAUCGAAUGGAGGAUGAAGGUUUUAGGCCUAACGAAGUGACUUUCUUGGCGGUAUUUAGUGCUUGUAGCCACGGAGGAUUGGUGGCAGAGGGAGUUAGUUGUUUUAGAAAAAUGGUGCUGGAAUAUGGCUUGACUCCGAAAAUUGAGCAUUAUGGAUGUUUGAUUGAUAUCUUAGGCCGUGCUGGAUUGCUUGAAACCGCACGAGAACUAAUAAAAGGUUUGCCCAUUGAAGGGGAUGCUACUGCAUGGCGGGCAUUACUAGCAGCAUGCAGAGUUCAUGGUAGUGUUGAGUUGGGAGAACAAGUGAAGAAAGAACUAGAACAGAGAUUUGGCGAACACCCUGCUGAUUCACUACUUCUGAACGGUACUUAUGCAGUCGCUGGUAUAUCGUCCGAGGAGAAGGAAGGUAAAUUAGAAAAAGAGGUGGGAUCUUAUAGCAGUGGGAAGAAGGAAGCUGGAUGCAGCUCAAUUGAAUUAUGUGAUAAUGGCCCGGGUUUUUCUUAGCCAAGGAGAAGUACCCCUAGUUCCUAGAGGACCUUGCCUUCAGCUGCCACACCACAAUUUUUGGUCUUCAGUAUAAGAACUGCUUCUCCUUUUUUCAGAUAGAGAGAGUACGUUGGCAAGCGGAUUAUCAAUUAUUCAUUGUACUCAUUUGCAAUAAUAUGAUAGACAAUUCAUUCAUUCAUUCAACAUAAUGAUGUAAGAUCAAUCUCCAAGAAAUAUCAUGCGUAACAUCAAAAUGUGUCUUUUCUUUU